GCGGCUUCGCAACCGGGCAGCGCCGCUUCCGGGGGCCGCGCGCGUCCGCUUCCCGCCGGAAGCGCCCGUGUGUGGGGCCCAAGAUGGCGGCGGGGAUGUACCUGGAGCACUACCUGGACAGUAUUGAGAACCUGCCAUUUGAAUUACAGAGAAACUUCCAGCUCAUGCGAGAUCUGGAUCAGAGGACAGAAGACCUCAAGUCAGAGAUCGAUAAGUUGGCCACGGAGUAUAUCAGCAAUGCACGGACUUUGUCUUCGGAGGAAAAACUGGGGCUUCUCAAGCAAAUCCAGGAGGCCUAUGGGAAGUGCAAGGAAUUUGGGGACGACAAGGUUCAGCUGGCUAUGCAGACCUACGAGAUGGUCGAUAAGCACAUCCGGCGGCUGGACACAGACCUCGCUCGCUUUGAAGCAGACCUGAAGGAGAAGCAGAUAGAGUCGAGUGACUAUGACAGUUCUUCCAGCAAGGGCAAGAAGAAGGGCCGAGCCCAGAAAGAGAAAAAAGCUGCCCGCGCUCGCUCCAAAGGGAAAAACUCUGAUGAGGAAGCACCAAAAACUGCCCAGAAGAAACUGAAGCUUGUCCGCACUAGCACAGAGUAUGGAAUGCCUUCUGUCACCUUUGGAAAUGUGCACCCCUCAGAUGUACUGGAUAUGCCCGUGGACCCCAAUGAGCCCACUUACUGCCUCUGCCACCAGGUCUCCUAUGGGGAGAUGAUUGGCUGUGACAACCCAGAUUGUUCCAUUGAAUGGUUUCAUUUUGCCUGUGUGGGUCUGACAACAAAACCAAGAGGAAAAUGGUUCUGCCCUCGCUGUUCCCAGGAGAGGAAGAAAAAGUAAAGUCAUAGGAGACCUCAGUACUGCUGCAGGAGCUCUCUUCCCCCUGCCAGGGCCUCGUCCCAGUUCCCCCAGCCCUUGGGGCCUUGGCUGAAGGGAAGUCUUGCCCUGUUUGUGGUUUGGGCCAUCCCUGGAAUGGUGUGUACCCUCACGGUGGUUCCUGUGUGUUCUGUAUCCCUGGUUGCUUCUGAGUCCUCAAGGGAGGCCCUCUCUGUGUACUAUUCCAAACAGGUCUCUGAACCUCAAAGGGAAUGAAUGAGGGCACCAGGGUAGCCACCAGAUUCCCAGGGAUUCAGGUAGCCCCUGAUUUUCCUUGGCUUUCCUUCAGCCUCCUCAGAGUUCAUUGCCUGUUCUCUGCUUAGAGAACAAGGCUAUGGGAUGGGGGAAGGAAAGGAGGUAAGUCUUCAGCAUUUUAGGUCAUUCAUUUUCCUGGAUCUUUUUCAGGAGAGAGGGAGUAACCAGGCUACUUCUUAAUCUAGUGGGCUGGUUGAGAGACUGAAAACCUGAUGUGCUCCCUGUCUUUAACCAUUCCACUGCUGGCAUUGAGCAGCCUCUUUUGUUGGGGAGAGGAGGAGGCAGAGGGAUGUUUAGAGCUAGCUUUGUCUCUCUUAUUCCUGGGGUAAACCUGCUGGUCUGGGAAGCACUCUGUGUGAAGGAGGAAGAAUUUCUGACCACGUGGGGAGAAACGGCUUGGUCCAGUCUGUCUUCCGGCUUCCAAAUUCUGCCUUCCUCUUGUGUAGCGGUGCUUCUCCAUGACGCUGAUGGUGGGAAGCUUGGAGAUUCAGAUCCCACUUGUAUAAUACAGAAUGAAAUAAAAUUCAUUAAAACCAA